AUGACUUCCUCGUCCAAAACCGGCUUCAUGCGCGGCGUUGAGUGGGAAGGCGAAAUUGGUGAUGUGGCCGUCAACAUCAUCCCCCGGCCCAAAAUCAUCGACCCCGAGGACGCUCUCGUGCGCAUCACCUCGUCCGCCAUUUGCGGCUCUGACCUCCAUAUCUACCACGGUCUGCUUGGCACCAACGACGUCCCGCACGGUGUCGGUCACGAAGCCGUUGGUAUCGUCGAGGAGGUUGGGCCCGCGGUGGAUUUCUUCAAACCCGGUGACCGCGUGGUUAUUGUCUGCGCGGCUGAAGAUGGACAUCUCGUUCCCAAGGCCGGCCUGGGACCUUCCACAGACGAGUUGAUGUUCUACGGUCUCGGUUCUGAGUUUGGAACAGAAGACGGGUUACAGACCGAGUUCGCCCGCGUCCCAUGGACAGACUCCUCUCUUGUCAAGAUCCCGCCCACGCUGGAGGACAAGGAGUGGCUCCCGGUAGCUGACGUCUUCCCGACGGGUUGGACAGCCCUGUCAUUCUCCGGAUUCGAGGCCGGUGACACAGUUGCCGUCUUCGGUGCUGGCGCCGUGGGUCUGAUGUGUGCCUACAGCGCCAUCAUCCGCGGCGCGUCCUUGGUGUAUGUGAUUGACCACGAGCCAUCACGGCUUGCCAAAGCGGCCGGUAUUGGCGCCAUGCCCAUCAACUUCACGCGCGGCGGCAAAGCGUCGGACCAGAUCCUCGCGCUGCGCCCCGGUGGUGUCAAGCGUUCCGUCGACUGCGUUGGCGAAGUGUGUCUCAACGACCAGCUCAAGCCGCAGCAGGACUACAUUAUCCGCGAGGCCAUUCGCAUGACAAGCGCGGGUGGUGGAGUCGGAAUCGCCGGCGUCUACAUGUCCGCCCUCACCAACGAUGGCAAAGGUACUGAAGCCGGGACCAAGCUUGGUCUCAAAGCCGAGAUCAGCUUCCCUAUCGCUGAGGCCUGGUUCAAAGGGCUGCGGGUCCAGGGAGGCCUAGUCAACAUCAAAGCCAACGUGCCGGGUAUUUCCGAGCUGAUCAACAAUGGCCGAGCACGUCCUGGAUUCAUCUUUUCGAACGAGUACAAUUUGGACGAUGCGGCGCUCGCGUACCGUCGGUUUGAGCGGCAUGAGGAGACCAAGGUCGUGCUGAAGGGGAACCGGAAGCAGGCCGACGGGAAGACGUUGGAGAUCCGAAACGGAUCGGGGGCUGUUUCGAACGGUUCUUCGAAUGGGGUUUAG